AUGAAUGAAGUAGUGGCAUCUAAUUCUAGUAAAUGUUUUCAGGAUCAGAAGAUCAUGUUGCUGCAGCUGAGAAAUAAUCUUACUUAUGAUUCCGAAAUGUCCACCAAGCUAGUGCAGUGGAAUCAGAGGAUUGAUUGCUGUCAAUGGGAGGGUGUCACUUGCAACAGUGAAGGCCAAGUUAUUGGUCUUGACCUUAGCGCUGAAGCAUUCUCAGGUAGUAUCAAUCCGUUGGCAAAUCUUAAGUUUCCGUCCAUUAUCCGUCUUGAUGGGAACAAUUUAUCUGCACCAAUUCGAGAGUUCUUUGCGGACUUCUCCAAUCUAACUGUAUUGAGUCUAAGUUCCUGCAACUUGAUAGGAGAAGUACCUCAGAAGAUAUUCCAGGUACCAACUCUGCACACAAUUGACUUACCGGUAAAUGAGAUGCUUGGGGGUUCUUUACCUGAAUUUCCUUCAAAUGGAUCUCUGCAAACGCUGGUUCUUACUAGUACGAAAUUUUCAGGACGUUUACCUGAGUCCAUAGGGAACCUUGGGAAGCUGGCACGUGUUGAACUUAGAGCUUGUGGUUUUACAGGACUAAUUCCUGCUUUUAUGGAAAAUCUAACUCAGCUUGUUUAUCUGGAUUUUGAACUGAAUAGCUUCACGGCAUCAUUGUUUUACCUACCCUCUCUCUCAAAUUUAUAUUUGUCUAACAACAAGUUUUCUGGCCAAAUAACUGGAUUACAAAAUGUGAUUUCUCCAAUAACAAGUUUUGAGUUGAGUUCCAACAAAUUGGAAGGGCCAAUACCUGAGUUUUUCUUUGAGCUACACGAUCUUGUAGGUCUUUCACUUUCAUCCAACAAGUUCAACGGUACCGUGCAGUUGAAGAAGUUCACAGAGCUCAAUAAGCUCGUAAAUCUUGAUAUGUCCCACGACAGUUUAUCAGUUGACACAAAUGUGAGUGAAUCCGACCUUGCCUUGCUACCCCAGCUGAAUAGUUUCAUGUUAGCGUCAUGCAAUCUGCAGAAUAUUUCCUUCCUCAAGAACCAAUCGAAGUUGUCGAUGUUAGAUCUCUCAAAAAACCAACUUACUGGUGAAAUACCAAACUGGUUGGUGGAAAUCAGUGAUGGACUUCUCCGUUUUCUGAAUCUUUCUUUCAACCAAUUCACGCAUUUUCAAGAACCUUAUACAUUUGGCUUGCUGAAUUUCCUUGAUGUGCAUUCAAAUCUGCUCACUGGAGUUAUUCCCUUACCACCACGUGCAGCUGCUUAUAUUGAUUUGUCCAACUAUAAAUUUGCUACUUUGAUACUGCCUGACUUUGGCAAUUAUCUAGCAACUGCUCAGUACCUCUCAAUUGCAAACAACAAAGUUAUUGGUAGUAUCCCUUCUUCGAUAUGCAAUUCCAGCUAUCUUGAAGUACUUGACUUGUCUAACAACAGUUUGAAUGACAGAAUACCAUCAUGUUUGGCAGAAAAGAGCAGCACACUGAAAGUACUGAACCUGGGAAAGAACAAUCUCAUAGGAAAUAUACCUGAAAAAUUUUCUUACAAUUGUGAGUUAGAGAGCCUUGACCUCAGUCAGAAUCACUUGACAGGUCUGCUUCCUCGUUCUUUGUCCAAAUGCACAAAGCUAAAGGUAUUAAAUCUUGGAAACAACAAAAUCAAGGAUACUUUCCUGUGCUGGUUGAGGAGCAUAUCUGAUCUUCGUGUACUUGUAUUACGCUUCAAUGGUUUCAAUGGGAACAUUGAUUGCUCACGAGUGAGUUCCAACUGGACCGCUCUUCGAAUCAUUGACCUAGCUUCCAACAAUUUAGGGGGUUUUCUCCCACGAAGUUCAUUCUUGGAGCUAAACGAAAUGAUGGUUGACCCAUCUUUAGCACAUUCACGCUCUGAUAUCUUGCAUUUUGAGUCUCAAACUGUUAGGUCAGUAUACUAUCAGGACAGCGUCACUCUUUCCCUUAAAGGACAAGAUGUUACACUGACAAAGAUCCUGCUUUUCUUCACCUCCAUUGAUUUUUCAAGCAACAAUUUUGUGGGGAUCAUACCAGAGACAGUUGGAGAUCUCAAAUCACUUUAUCUUCUCAAUACAUUUGGUGAUUUGAAGCAAUUAGGAUCACUGGACCUCUCGUUCAACAAGUUAGGUGGCAAUAUCCCAGAAAAGCUUGCUAGCCUCACGUCUCUUUCCUUCUUAAACUUAUUGUAUAAUGAAUUGGUCGGAAUGAUUCCACGAGGCAACCAACUUCUAACAUUUGAAGAAAGUUCUUUCGCAGGAAACAAGGGGCUAUGGAUCAUCUUUCUACCACUUUUGAUUUCAAGAAGAUGGAACCAGUCAUACAACAAAAUAAUUGACAGAUUAAUUUUAUGGAUAUUUCAGCAGCAAGAUCAAAAUCUGAGUAGUAGUAAGAGCAGUAGUGUAGCAUCCUCGAAAAAGUCAGCAGGAAAAUCAAGAGGCAGUCAUUAA